AUGGAAGGCUAUGAAUACCUUGGUGUACAAGAGUUCAACGAGAUAAUGGAGAAGGAAAUGAAAGAGCUACCCGAGGGUGGAAUAUUUCCAAAGACUAUGAUUGGUGUUGCACUCAAAAUUGACUGGAUGGAAAAAGCAGUUAACCCAGGGGCAAUAGCAUCACUUCGGUACGGAGCUGGAAUUAUAAAAUGGCAAAAGAAAGAACUGAAGAAAAUGGAUACAAAGACAAGAAAAAGAUGCCAUGACGAGUCCGACCACGACUGGUUGCUUCUACUUCCCAAGCUACUCCAAUGCGACAACGGCGAUCUCAACCUUGCACCUUCAGGUCUACCAUCGCAUGAAUCGCAUCUAAAGGUUGGAGCCCCAGUUAUGCUCCUGAGAAACCUCGAUCCUCCAAAAUUAUGCAAAGGCACAAGACUUAUUAUCCAAAAAUUGAUGCAGACAGUGUUGGGAGCAACAAUACUGAGUGGGAAAGCAAGUGGGGAAGAGGUUUUCAUUCCAAAGAUUCCUCUCAUUCCUUCCGACACACAAAUUGAUUUCAGAAGGUUACACUUCCCAUUGGGAUUAAGCUUUGCAAUGAACGUCAACAAAGCACAGGGUCAGACAUUGGAAGUGGUUGGCCUUCAUCUUCCAGGAGCUGCUUUUUCUCACGGACAGCUCUGUGUCGGAUGCUCCAGAGGUGGAAAUCCAGAAAAUUUAUUCAACCAUGCACCCAACAGCAAAACCACAAACGUUGUGUAUCACGAAGCCCUGCAAGACUGA